UUCCGUCCGACCCCAUCUGUCUCGAUCGCGCUUGACACUUAGCCGUCCUUCUUCGUUUGGUUCUCUCGUCGUUGCUGCGUGCUGUUUCCGUUUUCGUUUGAUUCCCUGGGCAAUUUGGUCGCUGCGCUGUGGGCUCUUGUGGUGAACUUGAUCGUGCUCGCGCGCGUUGACUUCGGCGGGUCUUGAGUUGGGGUUGGAGUGUUGGAGCGGGGGGCGUGGCGGUUCUGCUUCUGCAUGUCAUCCGGCCUCUUGAUUUUGUGUGAAGCUUGUGCUUCAUAAUUGAAGUCAAUAAAAGGAAAGGCAAUUAGAAUCAUGCAACUGUAUCAUCACCCAUAUUCAUUGGACAGCCAAAAGGUAAGGUUGGCUUUGGAAGAGAAGGGCAUUGAUUACACAUCCUUCCAUAUGAAUCCGAUAACGGGCAAAAAUUUGAGGCCUUCCUUCUUCAGAAUGAACCCGACUGCAAAACUCCCUGUUUUCCAGAAUGGUUCGCAUGUCAUCUUUGAUACUAUUGAAAUCAUUCAGUAUAUAGAGAGAAUUGCAGUUGUCUCUGUUAAUAAUGAUAGCAUCGCCUUCAGCAGUGAUGAAGUCAUUCAAUGGAUGCAUAGAAUACAGGAGUGGAAUCCAAAGUUUUUCACAUUAUCCCACGUCCCUGAGAAGUAUCGGCAAGCAGUGUCCAAGUUUAGGAGAGUCUUGAUUGCUCGGAUGGCCGAGUCACCUGACCUGGCAAGUUCCUACCACCGCAAGCUAAAAGAGGCAUAUCACACCGAAGAGAAGCUGAGAGACCCAGAGGUUGUAAGGCGGAGCCAGGAACAUCUAAUCAGACUUCUCGAUGAAAUUGAGGACAGGUUGAGCGAGACAGCUUAUAUUGCAGGGGAAGAGUUCAGCAUGGCAGAUGUAAUGUUCAUUCCCGUGCUAGCUCGUUUAGCACUCUUGAAUUUGGAAGAUGAGUAUAUAAACAGCAGGCCAAACAUGGCCGAAUACUGGAGUUCGGUUCAGCAAAGGCCUUCCUACAAAAAAGUGAUAGGAAGAUACUUUGGCGGCUGGAGGAAGUACAAGACCCUGGCUAAGACUUGGUGCUUCAUACGGCUGAGGAACACGCUGAAGAAGUAUUAACUUCUUGACGCUGUAGGAAUAUCUCAAAACUGUAAAAUGAGGGUGGGGAAAGUUUUAGCUGUGAAUAGGUUCUGUAGUGUUUCCUCUCUUAGUUUUGAAAGAGCAGGCAGUUGAAUUUUUCAUGUACUGGACUGCUUUCUGUUCUGUAUUCCCUUUAAGGUUAAAAUAAUUAUGUAGAAAACAA